AUUUCAAAUCCCGCUUCUCCAAAAUGCAAAGCACUCACAGUAGCCUCAGCCGUGGCCUCCGGCCACGGACUGGCUUACGGAAGACUAAGCAGGUUCAAGAGAGCAAAGGGGGAGGUAGAAGGAGGAAGCAGUGCAGAGGAGAGGGUAAUUAUAUAGAGAAAAAUGCAGAGGGUUGAGAUAUGGUGUUAGUACUUGAGAGGAGAUUGUUGGAUGGGUUUGAAGAGAUGUCUUUGAGUGAGGGUCAGAAGGUUAUCUGUGAAAAUAAAGGGUCAGAGAGUGGGGAAAGUGUUGGAGAUGAUGCUUUACAGAGAGUAAGCCAAGAAGAUAGAGCUAGUGGCAAGUUUUUAAACGAAAAAGCAAGCACUAUUGAUAUUGAUUCUACAAAACAGACAACAACAAGUGAUCUUUGCAAAGAAGAGGAACCGACAGUAGAUUUGUCUUUGAAGCGAUCAGCAACUGAAAUUCUUAAUAAUGUUCCUAAAGAUCUGAUACAAAAUGAAUUCUCUAUUUCUAAAAUUACAGUGAAACAAACUGAUAAAGACUUAUGCCUAAUCAUUCCAAAAUCUAUGCUGGAUAAAUCAUUCUUCAAGCAGACUUCACUGGAGAUGAAAAUGUAUAAGCAUCAAAUAAGAAGUAAAAAGCUUCAGAAGCAUAUCAAUCACCCAAAAAUCACAGGUAAAAAUCCUAAGAUACCAAAGAUUCCUAAGAUCAGGCAAAGGCCUUCUCUUGGCACUUUGAAGGCUACUCUUUCCCAAGAGAUUAUACUCCAAAACUGUCAGUGUAAAGACUGGGUCAUGCAUUUACAACACCAAGAGCUUGAAGAUACUAAGACUCAUGGCAAGAAGCGGGCUACUAAACUAUCACAGAAGCAGCGUUCUUAG